AAGCACAAUUCGUGCCUUAAGGAUCCUGAGGUCGGUCGUGUGGCUCACGUAGGCACGAUCUGGUUUGCAUUCCUGUGGAUUUCCGAUCGUACUCCUCAUCAUGUCCUCAGGUAAGAAAGGCAAGAAGAAGAAGGGGGUGACCGUCGAUCUUUGGGCGUUCUUGGCCGAUGGGAAAAGCAAUCCUAACGUGCCGCUUAAGUCGUCCAGCUGGGCGGACGAUGUCGAGGACGACCACGAAGGGUUUUCAUCCAGGAGUAACAAGGAUCCAGUUAUUCUUCCGACAGCUCCCAGAGCUGCCCGAGGUCCUGGGAUCGAUGAAGAAAAUAUCCCUACAAACGCACCUUUUGUGGCUUACAUUAGUAAUCUACCCUAUGAUAUCAAUGAACCUGAUCUUGAAGAAUUUUUUGAAAACAUGAAGAUUUCCAAUAUGCGUUUGCCUAAAGACGCAAACAAAAGUAGGGGAUAUGGAUACGUCGAAUUCGAGGACCGGCAGAGUUUAAUUGACGCUUUGUCCAUGACGAAUACGACAAUUAAGACGCGACGGGUAAGAAUCGAGGUAUCUAAUAGCAGUAACGACGAGCGUCGCGGCGGUAGGAUGGGUAGGGACAAUCGUAGGGACAAUUACGAUGACCCAGAACGUACAUCCGGCGACUGGAGAAGCGGCCCGCGCGAGGACUUACUCGACGGGGAUAACUACCGCAGCCGAUACGACAACAGAGAUCGACGGGACGAUAGAGAGAGAUACGACUACGAUAAUAAACCCGGUGCAUGGCGUGAGCGAGACAGCAGCGACAAGGGAUCAACGUUCAGGGACCGAGGUGGUUUCAGGGAUGAUGACAGGGACAGGGACAGAGACCGGGAGUGGAAUCGCUACGGCGACCGGGACAACAGAGACAGAGAGGGAGGCAGCAGCUUCGGGCCGCGUCGUAAUUAUGGAGAUUCUUCUGAUUGGGACCGUGAUCGCCGACAGGACCGAUCGAGUUCAGACGCGAGACCGGAGCCGCGAACGAGACCAAAAUUGCAACUUCAACCACGCACAAAGCCAGUGGAGCCGAUCGUAGUGGCGGAGGAGGAGGAGGAGGGUACGCAAGGUUCGACGGAAUCAAAAUCGGCGAAAGCCGCAGCAGCGAGCUCGGAUAAACCAGCCUCGACAGCCGCGCCCGCGACCAACAUCUUCGGCGCGGCGAAACCUGUAGAUACGACCGCCAGAGAACGCGAGAUCGAGGAGCGUCUGGCCAAAUCUUACGCAGAGUCAAGAUCCCGGGAGGAAAUAGACAGCAAGGAACGCUCCAGCAGAGAUGGCACCUGGGUCCGACGCAAUGGAGAAGGACGCGACGAUAAGGAAAAAGAGAAGGAGAGGGGCCGGCCGACUUGGAGGUCGGAGGAGGACAGAAGUACUCGGAGCGAGAGAUCGGCGCCACGAUCUCAACUUGCUCCCACACGUUCUGAACAGCAAAAUGAAUCCAAAGCAUCACCAGCUUCGCGUCCCGGACCACCACCAGCAGUCGUCAAAGGACCUCAGAAGCUUAGUGAAAAAGAUGCUCGUGCUCCAGAAAGGGAUCGCAAAGAUAAAGAAAAAGAUGAAGUUAACAGAAUGCCGAAAGCGAAGGAUGAACAAGCUCCAAAUUUUGUAGCUUCCAACAAGUAUUCCAUGCUACCUGAUGAUGUGGACCCUGACAAUAUCGAUGAUUAGUCCUAACAAUUCUAAUAAUUUGCAUUGCCGAAUAAAUUGUGCCACAUGCAACAGAAUUGGUCUAUAUACGCAUAUUAUUAAUAAUUCGUUUUGCCCUUUACUAAAUACUGCAUGGAUUCAACACGAAACCAAGCGUUAACACCCUUGGUAUUACUUUACUGGAAUUAUUGUUGAUUUGUAUUUAAUCUAUUUUAUUAUAUUCUCAAUAUAACUCUCCAUCUACCUAUAUAUUUACUUUAUGGUUUCCCGGAACGAAUUGUCAAGUUGCAACGUCGCAGAAACCUACACAACUACAGAGCGAACGAUUAUACUGAUCCUUUUGUACUUGAUUCUGAAAGGCGUGAACCUUCUAGGAUCUAGGAAAAUUGGGACUUUAUACAUCCUACUUAAUCUGCUGUACACAGUAAUUGUACGAUACGUGACUCGAUUACAUGUAAUAUAACAAUGCCAAUAUAUAGAAGGAAAUUAAAAGUAAUAAGUAUAUGGGAACACAAA